AUGAUGUCAGGAAAAGUUUAUAAACUUUUGUUCUUGUUUUUAACCUGGAUUGUUUAUAUUGCCAUUGGUGUUUUUAUAUUCAAAGCUGUUGAAGGAGAUAGUGAAAUUGAUACCGAAACUUCAAAUACAGAACAUCUUGAAAGACUUAAGAAAGAUGUCACAACGAAGUAUAAUAUGAGCGAGGAUGAGUUUGACAACAUUGCUCUGCAAAUCCAGCAGGCAGGAGACUUGUCAAGUGCAGGACCUGAAUGGAGCUAUGAAAACGCUCUGUCUUUCAUUAUUCAACUGCUGACAACAAUUGGUAAGAAUGCGCGUACAAUUCUUAGGGUAUUGGCAUACUACAUAUUCAAUGGUCAGUUGAAUUAAAUAUCAUGUGUUAGUCAGUCGAAAUCAUAUGUCACUUUACAUGACUUUACCCAAAUACUGAAUUACUUCUUAUCGUAGAGAAUACUUAACACUUUCUCGGUGGGCCCGAAAAACGUUUCUAAGUUUAAGACAAUUUUAAUUUUAUUUCCGACAUUCAGCUUGGAAUUUAGUGCAUGGUAUGUUUUGUUUGCAUUGCAAUUCCAUUAUUCUUUAGUCCCUAAUUUUCCUCAGGAAUGGGGUAGAGUGAGCGUUUUACGCGCGCGUGUACAUCACCACCCUCGAGGAAAGUGACACACAGAGGGAAGAGAAAUUUAUAGACUUGCCUACAAGUCGAGCUCAAAUUUUUUCUUUCUGUUUUCUGGAACCGAAAAUGAGAAGCGAAGGGCUUUGAGAAAGUCUAAGAGAAAAUGAGGGACAAAAGAUGUCACCUUCCUCGCAGGUGAUGAUUUCACGCGAGCUCGCGUAAUUAGCUCAACUCUGCCACCCUAUGGAAAAUGAGGAAUCAGGGCCGGGGGGGCGAGGGGUACUCCCAUACAUUACCUAUACGGGUAUUCUCUAUUUUCGAAUUCCCCAUAAUACACUCUGUUUGCCCCCCCAAAUUCUGCGUAAACCAUUGUUUUUAAAUGCUCCUGGGAGUAUUGCAUUUUCCCAAGAGCAUUUUAAGACAAUAAGUUAUGCAAAAUUUGGGGGGCAAACAGAGUGUACUAUGGGGAAUUCGAAAAUAGUCAAUGUGCCGCCCAAAGGGGUCGUGAUUUUGAAGCUCCUGAUUUAGAACGGGGUAUCCAUUUCAGAGGCGUUUUCUAGAACGGGGUAUAAUAUUUCGAACGCAUCAAAGCUCCACUUUUGUAAGCAGCCAUUUGAAAUUAUUCACGGACAAAUUGCUUUUAAAAAUACUGCUCAAUGCGUUAACAAGUAAACCGUUGUACUCUUGUUGCCCCCUAGAACGGAGUGUAAAAAAUUGGCCCAUUUUUAGAACGGGGUAUCAGUUUUAGGGCGAAUUCUAGAACGGGGUAUAAAAAAUUGGCCUAUUUCAAGAACGGGGUGUCAAUUUUAGGGGAAAUUUUUUCUAGAACAGAGUGCCAAUUUGGAGUCCCGGGCGGCACAUACCCGCCCAAAAAAUACCCAGGUGCCCCCCUCGGGAAUCAGGGACAACUUGUUAACACGAGGACCAAUGUAUUGUUUUUCUUGAAAAUAAGUUGGAAAUGGGGGGGGAAUUGUUUUGCACGACUGUAAGAGCACUCGUUUACACGGGUUUAAGACCCAGCAGCGAUUAGAGAAGACCCAGUUAGAUUCUAAGGCGAGUACGACAACGCGUACGAAAAUUGACUUAAAGCUUUUUCGCAUGAUAACUCAAAAUAUAGACUUCCCGGAAAGUUUCAAUUUACCAUUUUUCACUAGAAACGUUAGCACUGUUAUCUUUAGUGAAGGAGGUUACACCCUACCGAUCGCAAAAUGAUACUACUUCUAACAUUUAAUAGCAUUUAGCCUGCAUAGCAGGCGCUUGGAAGUAGUGGGCGCAAGAAAGAACCCGCGCGCGAGAUGGAGACACACUCCCUCUCGCGCGCCUGUUCUUUCUUGUGCCCACUACUUCCAAGCGCCUGCUAUGCAGGCUAAAGAGCGUUUAAUAACUUGUUUCCGCCACUUCGACAUUCUCGCUAAAACUCGUAGUAGAGUGACGACGGCUAUCACGUUUUCCCGCCAAAAUGACGCUGGUUCACGCGCGAGCACUACUUAGCACUGAACAAAAACUCGUACUCGUUGUCGUACUCGUCUUAGAAUCUAAAGGUCUAUAUUUAGUUUGUUUUUGGUUCUCGUCUUUGAUCCAAGAGGAUUAAAAAGCCGCAAGACACAGGAAACGAAACCGUUAACCCGAGUCAAAUCGUAUUUUCUGAACCCCGUCGAAUAUUAAAGUCGCGCGAGAUGGAAAUGACCGAGCACCCAACUAGAGUAGCGAGACAAGAGAGGCGCUCACCUAUGUCGAGUGCCACUCCCCUAGUAGCUUUGAGGAACACGACACGUGAAGAAAGUUUAUACCCUAUUGUGUGCUCGCUUGGCCAUAUUUUCUCGCGCGCGACUCACUGGAAAGGCUAAGAAAAAGGAGAAACUGCACACUUCCCGUAUCUCGCGUCCUGCUGCUUUUUGCUUAUUUGAAACUUUGUGAUUUUAACUUCAAAUUCUGACCAUCAUGUGUCAUAAAACAUAUGUCUCGGUCAAGGCUGUAACGCCGGUUAAUAUAUCUUCAGUGUCAGAAGGUAACUACUAGAGAAUCGAAACGGUGGUUGUAUUGUCCUAGAACUAGAAACGGAAUAGCCGAAUAACUAUACCACUCAACAGAAGCCUAUCAGAUUAAUCACCCUGUCAUGUAAUUUAUUUCCAGGUUAUGGAAACAUCACACCCGUGACAUCAGCUGGACGCAUUCUUUGUAUCUUCUACGCUCUCUUCGGCAUCCCGAUAAACAUUCUCUUUUUACAAGUGGUUGGAGAAUUAAUGCUUAAUGGUCAACAAAUCCUCAUCACAAGAUUCGAAAAAGGCUGCCUAAAAAUUGACGGCAAACCAAAGUUCUUAAACGAAAAAUGCACUUUUCUAGGAGUCCUGUUGUUACUGAUUCUUUUGCUAGUAGGCGCAGGAAUUCAAAUGAGCAUUCAAGAGUGGACAUUUCUAGAAGGUUUUUAUUCCUACUUUAUCACGUUUACCACAGUUGGGUUUGGAGAUCUGAUUCCUGGUCAUGAGUCCGGAAACAAAGCACAUAUGGCGUAUCGUGUCAUUUUGAUCAUCCUAGGUCUAGCUGCUAUGUCCAACGUAAUUAACUCCAUCGUUAAGUGUGAAGAUUCUGCAAAACUAUUUAAAAAAUUGAAAGAGCGCUUUAGAAGAACAAGAAGCGUUGAAGUCAGCGAACCGAACGAAGAUGGUGGAGAGGAAAUGAUCGAAAAGGCCCCCAAAGUCUAGAAAGACGAAAAUCUGUCUAACGUGUGUGUUUUUAGGUCAAUAACAUUGCGAUUUUGUGUAAAAAGCCCGUUUGCUUUUGUGUGUCUCCCAGCUUCCCUCUGCAGUGUACCAUCUCGCUUUUACGAGGCGUGAAUUGUAUCACGGGAAGGCGUCGCUUGGAGUGCACUGUUUGGAAUGAAAUCAUUAGCCUCUAACAGGAGCUGCCGUUGGUUUCCCCAAAAAAUUAGUUAUAAAAAACAAGCAAAAAAUUCCCCCAACUUUGCUAACAACAGACAAAGGAGUACAAGAUAGACGAAGGACUAAGAUCUAGACAAGCUUACCCUGCCAAGCCUCUUUUUAAAUGAGGUGAAGAAAGGUUUUGCACUUGGCUUCCCUCGCAUCUGAUUGAAAGUGAGGGUUUUUGGAAUUCUGAAAUGGCCUUCCUCGUCAUUGUUCCGCUCUAAAAUGAUGUAUUGUAGACCAGUGAUGCAAUACUCUUUUCGUAUGAAUGCAAAGGGAGCCAGAAAAAAAAUUUACCAUAGGAACUCCUGAAGAAUGCUCUAAUUUUGGACUGUUCCGCACAGGCAGACCAGUGACUGGUGUCAUCUUCGCGCACAGCCAAAAACAGUCAUGGUUCGUUAGUUUGCUUUCACGACUGAGCGAAGCUGCAAAUUGAAGAACUGAUCAGUCUUCUAGGAGUUCCUGAGACGUUGUUAAGUUUCUUUGCUUCCAAAUUUUCACAUGUCUAUUCUUGACAAUAAGAAACUGUCUUCAGUAUGACAGGCAUUAGAUUAGUGUUCCUGCUACGUUGUUGUUGAAAGCGGGUUUGACGCUCUUUUAAAGUCAUCAUUACAUUCGGGUUUAUUAUUAUUUUUAUCAAAGCCUCACAAAUUGUUAUUGGUUAUACCUCCACCUUGAAUAUUUCGGACAAGAAAAAGCCCUGUUUGUUGAUUGAGUUACUAACAUGUUAUUUUGAAAAUAUUCAAGCACAUAUUACAACAGUGUUUUUUUUUUUCAGAAAAUGUGAAUCGAAUAAAGCAGCGAUAGACAAAUGAGCUAUUCAUUGUGAAGUACGACAGUAAAAAAAAAUGCACUUGAAAUUUUACAAUGAAUAUGUAAUGCUGGUAAACACUUUUGGCGCUCAGACAAUUUGCAUUUUAUUUUCUGAGCUGAUAGCUGAUAUAACAAAAAACUUAAUGAUAAUGUACAGACUGCCUUACCCCUGGCGUUGACAAUCUCUUUCAAUUCAUAUUUAGCACGUUUUUUUUAAUAAAUUUAUAUGCAAGUGAGGCAAUAUGUUAACCGACUAUACAAUGCAAUAUAAUGGGCGCCCGAGGCAUUGAUAAAUAUUGACACCCUAGCUGAAGUUUCAAUUUGCGGUAUUUCUUGGUUGUCGUUCGCUCCGAUAAGAAAUUUAAAUUUCUUAACCAUGUAGAAAUGAUUUCCAUGUUAUUCUAGAACCUGUUCAAGGAGAUAAACAAACUUCAGAAGAAGUUGAUUAAUAAAUAUUUUUAAUAUAUCCCCCGUGGAAAAUGCGCAACUAAAACAAUAAAGUCAAAAGAGCAAAGUAUGAUUUGUUUCGUCGAUGAUAAGAAAAGAAAAAGAAUCUAAAUAGUGAAAAGCCAUGUAUACCUAUGUUUAAUUAUUUAUUUAUUCUUCGCUAUGUAACUAUAACUCCAAGUAACUUAUUUUGUGAUUUCAAGUUUUGCUGAAGUUGAAGUCUCCAAAUAAACACUGCCAUGUCUUGUCUUCUCUUGCCUUGAUUAAUGAAAAUACCGGUCGAAUUCGUUUGAUGUAUUAAUAACGUUUUUUUAUUACUGGUUAUAAGAACAUAUGCAAAAACACUCGUCGCCAUAACUUUUACACGUCUGGUUUUAUUUUCCGGGGCUACAAAAACAGAUAUUUUUUUGCCAUAUUUGGUUCAACAAAACAAAAAUUCUAAAUUUUAAUUGCGAUGGGAGAUAAGACAAAGAGAAUGUAACUUUGAAGAAGAGAGAAGAAUAACAAGAAAAGUGAUAAUUGGCUGAAAGGGAGUUGUGCCAAUUAACUGAAACUCAGCAGCUGCUUUUUUGUUUAUAUUGUGCCAAAACCUAUGUCAGCAAUAAACGCAGACAAAAAAUAUCACUUAAAUUGUAACAGUGCAUUUUCUUCUUAAAAUCCAUUGACAGUCUCACGUGAACUGUAAAGAUUCAAAAUGUAUUAAACAUUUCCGAUUGAUUUCCAUUUGCAAUAAAAAUGGGAUGAUUAUUUUGUAGGAAAACAUCCGGCAAUUUUGCUUCCAUUAAACUGUUCAAAUGUGAUCCUUUGGCCCUGAGGCGAGGUAUAUAAGUAUUUUAUAUCUACGGUGGCAAUUAUGUUGACAUUGUCAUAGCAACAGAUUACCUAAGGCCGAGCAGUUGUGAUCGCUCCAUCCAAGAGGCAGACAUGGCCAUGUCGGGAAAAGCUUACAAACUUUUAGUCUUGUUUUUAACCUGGCUGAUUUACAUAACUAUUGGAGUGUUUAUGUUCAAAGCUGUUGAAGGCGAUAGUGGGAGUACCGAAAAGUCAAAUGCAGGGCUUCGGCUUAAAAAACUGAAGGAAGAUGUUACAAAGAAUUACAAUAUGAGUGAGGAUGAAUUUGACGACCUUGUUUGGCAAAUCCAGCAGGCAGCAGUUAUACGUAGGUCCGCGCGAUAUGGAUUUGAGUGCAAAAACUAAUAAAAUAGACCAAGAGCAGCCCCUGUUCUUGCUUAGCCCGUCAAGCGAAGUUCGCGCGAAAAGAAAAUGAGUACGCGUGCAAUAGGUACGCGAGACGGGAGCGGUUCUCGGUAAAACGUGUCCUCCCCACUCCCUGCUUUUAAGAGGCGAUGUGUGGUGGUGGUGUUGUUGGGGGGGGGGCAAGAGAGGGAGACUUCUCGUUCUCCCUUUCCCACUGCCCCGUAUCAAGCACCCACCUCUUAUCGGGAGCUCUAGUACGCGAAGGCUUCUGUUAACUCUUUCCCAAAGUAACAAGGCAGUGCGAAGAGGUGAUAAAUAAUUGCCGAUCACUUCUGCUAGCAGUAAGCCUGGCGCUAAAGAGACGCUUGUGUUGCGCGUUGGUUUUGUUUGAUUGAUGUGGGGGGUGGUAGAUCUCUAAUCCUUAAUAAGCGCAAAAUCCCGCCCAGCUGAAAGCAUGCAAAUAACCCAUAAUUAUGCAUCAGUCAGUUCCACCUGCCAUUGACCCCCCCCCCGUGGCUGACCUCCGGGCAUUAGCAUUUUUUUUGCCUUGGAUGGCAAAUUCCCAGGGGUGCAGACUCUUGAGCUGUCAAAUCCCCCGGGAUGGGGACGAAAAAAGAGGGCAAAUGCCCGUCCUCCGUCAACACUGCAACAGUUUUCAUUGAUCGCACAGUCGAAUGGUGCCAUUUUAAGCAUUUAAUGUUCGAUUUUUGGUUUCAAUUAAAGUCUUCCUUUGUAAUAGCGCGAGGAUUCUAAUUAAGACUUCACGCCGCGACGACAUGCACCAGUUUAUGGUUUUAGUAUUGAUAUGAAAUUAUUGACAUUAUAAAAAUUAAUAGAACGCUGUAAAGUUAUAUGUUAUGAGUAGUUUUAUGAAUAUGAAAGGAUGUUCUUCAAAUGAUAUCAACAAAAAUUGAUUCAAUAACCAAAAGAUUUUGAUCAACAUCCAUAGCUCCAAUUUCGCAAUGUUAUUCUGGCUUGAUAAGCAAUGAAGACUUGCAUGCAUAAAAUCGAGAACAUGCCUUUUACAUCCCUCUUCAAUUUAUUCCUGUCCUUGACAGAUGAGCCAGUCUGUUUUUUUUUUUCAGUAAAACCUUCUGUGUAGUUAUAUUCUGAUAGGAAAUCGCGUGCGUGUCAAAAGCUCGGAAAUGGCCCCGGGGUUGGCAAAUGGAAUUGACUGAUGCAUUACAUACGAGUCGCCGCAUUAACUGUAGACUGCAAAACAGCCGGUUUUUUCCUCAAAAUCAGUAAAGAAAUCGGUAACGCGUGGCGUAAGAGUCUUAUGCGCGCGAACCGCGGGAGCCUCACAAGCCCGAAGGGCCCGUAGGGCGUACUUGAAUACGCAAAAAUACGGACUGAUUUGCAGUCUACAUUAACUGGGUCAUGAUCGUAUUUAAGGUAGCGUCACUUUUAUGAUACUAAACCUUAGUUUGUGAUUGCAAGUUUAAAUAAUGACCAUCAACCACGCAAACGCUUGGUUGUGGCUGUUACAUAGUUGUAAAUAGUGUGCAAAUUCAGAAUUAUGACUACCCUGGCACCCUGGGAAUCCAAAAGAUGCUUUUCCCUAAGACGCCCGCUCACUUCACCCAGCGGCAGUGAGUACCGGCGAUAAAUUGCUGGGGGUACGAGGUUCUGGCAUCUCAUCCAGUCCAGAGGGGAGAAGAAACAUUUGUGGUCGUUUCAUGUUACAGAAAUAAAGCUCCAGCCUAAUCAAUCUCCGUCCCUAUGGAGCGAGAGAGAGUAGGAUAAGAGAGAGAACCUGGAAACGAGGUUGCAGCCUAAUGAGCGUCCAGUGACAGGGUGGUGGGGUGGUCGCAUUAUCAAGGCUAUAGUCUGUAGAAUAAGGGGUUACUGGACUCGACCGCCUUCUGGUCGGGCCAUUAACUUAACCGUCCUGUGAUUAUUUUCCAGGUUAUGGAAACAUCACACCAGUGACAUCAGCUGGACGUAUUCUUUGCAUAUUUUACGCUCUCUUCGGCAUCCCGAUAAACAUUCUCUUUUUACAAGUGGUUGGAGAAUUAAUGCUCAAUGGUCAACAAAUCCUCAUCACAAGAUUCGAAAAAGGCUGCCUAAAGAAAGAAAGCACACCAAAGUUCUUAAACGAAAAAUGCGCUUUUUUAGGUUUCCUGUUGUUGCUGAUUUUCUUGCUCGUAGGCGCAGGAAUCCAAACGAAAAUCGACGAAUGGACAUUUCUGGAAGGUGUUUAUGCCUACUUCAUCACGUUUACGACUGUUGGGUUCGGUGAUCUGAUUCCUGGUCAUUCAAGAUCCAAUUCAAGACACAAAACACAUAUGGCCUAUCGUGUCACUAUGGUCAUUCUAGGUUUAGCUGCCAUGUCCAACGUGAUUAACUCCAUCGUCAAGAGUCACGAAUACGAGAAACUGUAUACAAAACUGAUAGAGCGUUUUCGAAGAACGGGAAGCGUUGAGGAUAGUGAACAGAACGACGAUGGCGGAGAGGAAAUGACCGACAGGGUCAUCUAA